GGAAGCAGCUUUUUACAGUCCGCCACUCCGGCGGGCUUCUUCUCAGUCUCUACUCCGGCUAGCGGCGACAGACGGCGGCGCGAAGCUCUUCUCGUCCGAUGGAGGUGGAGGCUCCCCAAUCUCCUCCUCCUCCUCCCCCUCCCAUGGCGUCCCACACAUUCGACGGUGGUUUUGAUGAGGUCCAGCUUCGCGGUCUCGUGGCGGGCGGCUCGUUGAGCUUCGACGAUUGGACUUCGCUGAUCUCGGCCGUGGAGAAUGCGUAUCCUGAUGACAUAGAGAAAUUACGCCUGGUGUAUGACUCUUUCUUGUGUGAGUUCCCAUUGUGCCAUGGAUACUGGAGGAAGUAUGCAGAUCACACUAUGCGCUUGUGCAGUAUUGAAAAGGUUGUUGAUGUGUUUGAACAAGCUGUACUGUCAGCAACUUAUUCAGUUGAUGUGUGGGUGGAGUACUGUCACUUCAGCAUGUUGGCUUUUGAGGAUCCAGAUGAUGUUCGUAGAUUGUUCAGAAGGGGAUUGUCAUUUGUUGGCAAGGAUUACUUGUGUCAUUCCGUGUGGGAUAAGUACAUUGAAUUUGAACUAUCCCAGCAACAGUGGAGCUAUCUCACUCAGAUUUAUGUGCAGACUCUGAGAUUUUCUACCAAAAAGUUACAACAUUACUAUGACAGCUUUAAGAAGUUAGUUACCAUUUGGAAAAAGGAGAUGGUAAGCACAAGUGAGCCUGACUUGGAAUUCAACCACGAAAGUGAGAUCCAGAGUGAAGUGCAAAUAUUUUAUAAAGAUGAGGAAAUUGCCAAUGUGGUUGGAAAUUUGUUGGGUUCAUCCAAUGGCCUGGAUAGGUCGAGGGCACUUCACAAGUACAUGAGAAUAGGAGAAAAGCUUUACAAGGAGUCACACCAAAUGGAUGAAAAGAUUCGUGGCUUUGAGUCAUGCAUUCGGAGAUCUUAUUUCCAUAUGAAGCCACUUGAUGACAAUCAAGUGGAAAAUUGGCAUAAAUAUUUGGAUUUUGUUGAGAAGCAAGAGGAUUUUGAUUGGGUUGUUAAACUUUAUGAGAGGUGUCUGAUUCCUGCUGCAAACUAUCCUGAAUUUUGGAUGCGUUAUGUGCAUUUCAUGGAAACCAAAGGAGGAAGAGAGUUGGCUAACUCUGCAUUGGACAGGGCAGUGGGCAUUUUUCUCAAGAGGAUUCCGGUGAUCCAUGCAUACAAUGCCAGAUUUAAGGAGAAAAUAGGUGAUGUGUCAGGCGCACGUGCUGCUCUUGUCCAUAUUCGUACAGAGCUGGAUACUGACUUAGUGGAAGAUGUCAUCAUGAAAGCAAACAUGGAGAAACGAUGGGGAAACCUUGUGACUGCAUCGAAGAUAUACAAAGAAGCACUAGAAAAGGCCAUAUCAAACAGAGAAUUUUGUUCUCUACCCACUUUAUAUGUGCAUUAUUCACAACAUUUGUAUUUGACAACUGGCAGUGCACAUGCAGCCAUAGAUGUCCUGGUAGAUGCUAUUAAGCAUAUGCCACAUUGCAAAUUGCUUUAUGAGGAAUUGAUAAGAUUUGCAAUGAGCCAUGAAGGGAUGGAACUUAUAAAUGUCGUUGAGACUGUUAUAGCCAAUGCAUUGUAUUCGCAAUCUAGCGAAUCUCAAGUUUUGGACUCAAAUGAUGGGGAGGAUAUAUCAAACCUAUACCUAAAGUAUGUUGAUCAGUGUGGAAGCAUUUAUGAUGUAAUGAGGGCAUGGAAUUGGCAUGUAAGAAAGUUUCCUCAUUCUCUGAGGACAAGUGUAUUUUCCAAAGUGACUACUUGUACCACUAUAAAAUCUUUCAAGAUUGUCACGGAAGAGAAGCAAAGAUCAUGUGUGAUUGAGCCCGAUGAAUUGUUGGGAGAUAACUGCUGUAAAAUCCCAUUAAAGCAUUCCGUUCAGGAGGAGGGAUCUUCAGUGCAAGGAGACGGUGAUCCAUCGCCUGAGCAGGUUAACCCAGGGGAAAGAUCCAAUUGUUUACCAAUGCCAAGUCAUGAGGUUCAUUAUGACAGUGUUGCAUUACAUCAGCCAGACUCUGGAGCAUCUAAUGAUGGUGAAAGUCAGAGAGCUCAAAAUGCUUUACAGCAAUCCAGAGAUAAUUCUCCCGAUGGAUCAGAUGUGGAUAUAGUUGGUGAUGAAGCUGCUAAGGAAGCUGAGUCAGUUCAAUCUGAUUCAACAUGCUCCAAGGACAAUGACCAAUCAGGGCGUGACAUAACCAAUAACGAGUCGAUGCCACCUUUGCUUGAAACACUUUCUUUGCAUCCUCAAGAAGAUAGAACUUCUGGAUCAAUCUCUAAUUUCUCUCGUAGUGGUGAAACUUCUGAUGAGCCCCAGGUAACAAAUGAAAUCUUGCUUGUUGGUGGUUCUCAAGAAACCAGCCUGUCAAAUGAGAGUUUGCCAGGGAGUGGUUACAGGAGUUACCAGGAUCCAAAGAGGUUCAGUCCACUUGGCAGUCAAGGUUGUGAUGGUGCUGAUACACAAAGGCAAACAAACAAUGCGUCGUAUACAGGAAGCCAUCAAGAUCAUUAUUCAUCAGGGUCACUUCCAAACCAGCAUGAGCCUACCAAUAGGGGUCAAAGCUGGCAUCAUGACAGAGUUCGCAGGGAUUCCAGAUUUGGAUCCCGUGGGCAUUUGCGGAAGAAAUCACAAUAUCAACACGAGUCUUCUCAGUCAAGUCAUGGACGAGGUAAAAUGGGAGGUCAAUUAAAUCAGCAAGGAAUUGUGGCAAAGAACCCAUUUCACGCUGCAACUCAGGGUAAUCUAAUGGCACCUCAUGCAUGGCCUAUGCAAAAUGUGCAGCCACAGAGUUUCGCUCACGGACCUCUAUCUCAGUUGCCUGUACAAUCUGCAAUAUACCCCCAAGCUCAGAUGCUUCAGUGCCCCCCUCAAAAUACUGAGCAAUAUGGGCAAAUGCAGAAUACUGUAGCGUAUAAUCAGGUGUGGCAAUAUUAUUACUACCAGCAACAACAAUUUAUGCAACAGCAACAACAACCUCAGCAGCAACAGCCCCAACAUCAACAACUUUCACAGCAACCAUAUCAACAGCAACAGGUAUUUUAUAAUCCACAGCAGCAGUGGCAACAGCAGCCGCAACUAAAUCAACAAUAUCAGCAGCUGCAGGUCCAACAGCUACUUCCGCAUCAGCAGUCAAAUGACAGCCAACCACUUCAGCAGCAAGAGCAGCCAUUGCCAUUGCCAUUGCAACAACCAUUCCCUCAGAAACCUGACACACUGGAUGAACAGCAAGCGGAACAUCAAAAUCAGGAGUCAGAGAUGCCAUGGGUACAGCAACAGAAGAUACAGCAAGGGGCAGAAGUUGAAGAAGAGAAAAGGGACAGAGUACAUGAGGCAGUGGAUUCUGCAUCAGAGAAUUAGAUAGAUGUUCUGCAGAGUCAGAUGACCGGUGUGUUGAUAAUGGAUCUCGUGUAAUGCGAGGCAGCUGCAUUUCAGACAGUGUAUAUGCUGGCGUUUUGGUGUAACUGCCGCCACUGCACAGGCGAGGGACCUUGCAGAGUUGCUGCCCGGCUAAUCAUGGCGUAGGGGGCAUACAAGGGGGAAGUAACAUAUGCAAUGUAAAUUGGCAAUUGAUUAUGAAACACGUAAUCAUUAGAUGUGGAUGGCAGGACAACUUCCUGUUGGUUGAACGCUUUCGCUUACCGAUAUGAUAGUUCCUUUGUUCAAUUA